ACUGCUGUUAUUUUACAGGGAAUUGCCGCGCGUAUAGCUCGUAAACAAGCCAGUUCUGCUAAAGCAAAUACAUAUGCUAAACUUUUUAGGGAUUUUAACUUAAUGAGUCUUGAAAUUAUUGAUCGCUAUAACGAGUCUACUAUUAAAAGCAAAUUAUAA